AUGGGUGCCGAGCAAAGUACUGCUAGCGUUGAAGAAAUGAGUGAGAAUUUCAAUGACAAACAAAAAAUUGUUUUGGUUACCGGAGGAACGGGCCUUGUUGGAAAAGCUAUCCAAAGAAUUGUAUCAACUGAAGAGAAAAAAAAGAAUGAACAAUGGGUCUUCAUUGGAAGUGCUGAUUGCGAUUUAACUGAUCUCGCAGCCACAAGAGCCUUGUUUGAACGUGUAAAGCCUACUCAUGUAAUACAUCUCGCUGCUAUGGUUGGAGGUCUUUUCCAUAACUUAGCGCAUAAUUUACAGUUUUUCCGUAAAAAUAUGGACAUCAACGAUAACAUCUUAGCCAUUUCGCAUGAGUUCAACGUUGAAAAGUGCGUCUCAUGCUUAUCCACUUGUAUCUUCCCGGAUAAGACAACUUAUCCGAUCGAUGAGGAUAUGGUUCAUUUGGGACCACCUCAUGAUUCUAACUUCGGUUAUGCUUAUGCCAAACGCAUGAUUGAUGUUCUCAACAAGGGAUAUGCUCAAGAACAUGGAAGACGUUAUACUUCUGUUGUUCCAUGCAAUGUGUUUGGACCUUUCGACAACUACAACCUUCAAGCUGGGCACGUACUUCCUGCUUUGAUUCAUAAGGCGUACGUUGCCAAGAAGGAAGGAAAACCUCUUCAGGUUUUCGGUACUGGAAGACCUUUGCGCCAAUUUAUUUAUUCUCUCGAUCUUGCUCGUCUGUUUGUCUGGGUCAUCCGUCAUUACGAGGAAGUUGAUCCAAUCAUCUUGUCUGUUGGAGAGGAAGAUGAAGUGUCUAUUGCUGACGCCGUUAAUGCUGUAGUCAAAGCUAUUGACUUUAAGGGAGAAGUUAUCUAUGACACCACAAAAGCUGAUGGACAAUACAAGAAAACGGCUUCCAAUGCGAAACUUCGCAAAUAUUUACCAGAUUUUAAGUUCACCCCCUUCGAACAAGCUAUUAAGGAGAGUGUUCAAUGGUUCGUUGAUAAUUAUGAAACAGCAAGAAAAUGA